CAGUUUCAAGUACAGAUUAGUAAGAAUCCUGGUUUAGGUUUUAGUAUAACUGGUGGUAUUGAUUCUAAUGGCAAUCCAUUUCAACCUCAUGAUAAGAAGGGAAUAUUUAUUAGUAAAGUUCAGAGUGAUGGUCCAGCUAAACAUUGUUUACGUAGAGGAGAUAAGAUAUUAAAGAUGAACAGUACAGAUUUUACAUCUAUAGAACAUAAUCAAGCUGUUACAUUGUUAAAAACAACCCAUACUGUAUGUCUAUUGGUUGAAAGAAUUCACAAAGUUAAUUUAGUAUAA